CUGGCCGGGGAGGUUGAGUCGCUGUCCCUCUGCCGCUGCUCGCACGUCCCGUCGGAUCCCCGCCGGCGCCAUGGCCGAGCUGUGCCCGCUAGCCGAGGAGCUGUCGUGCUGCAUCUGCCUGGAGCUCUUCAAGGAGCCGGUCACCACCCCGUGCGGCCACAACUUCUGCAUGUCGUGCCUGGACGAGACCUGGGCCGUCCAGGGCGCGCCGUACCAGUGUCCCCAGUGUCGCACCGUCUACACCACGCGCCCGCUGCUGCACAAGAACACGGUGCUGUGCGCGGUGGUGGGGCAGUUCCAGCAGGCCGAGCAGGCACAGGCGUCCACCGACGACUGGACGCCGCCUGCCGGCUCCCCGGCCCCGAGCCCGGCCGCACAGGUGUCCUGCGACCACUGCCUGAAGGAGGCCGCGGUGAAGACCUGCCUGGUGUGCAUGGCCUCCUUCUGCCAGGAGCACGUGAAGCCGCACCUGGAGAGCCCGGCCUUCCUGGACCACCGGCUGCAGGCCCCGGUCCGUGACCUGCAGCGCCGCAAAUGCUCGCAGCACAACCGCCUGCGGGAGUUCUUCUGCCCCGAGCACAGCGAGUGCAUCUGCCACAUCUGCCUGGUGGAGCACAAGGCCUGCUCCCCCAAGUCGCUGAGCCAGGCCAGUGCCGACCUCGAGGGCAAGCUGAGACAGAAGGUCGGCUUCAUGUACGGGCAACUCAAUGGGGCAACGCAUGCGCUGGAGGAAGUGCGGGCCCGGAAGCAGAACGCACAGGAUGCUGCAGGCCAGAAGAUUGAGCUGCUGAAACAGGAAUACAAGGAAAUGAAGGCGCUCGUUGACUCCUCUGAGGUCAGCGCUACACGCAAGAUAAUGGAGGAAGAAAGGAGGGUCAGCAGCAAGUUCGACAGCAUUUACCAGAUCCUGCUCAAGAAGAGGAAUGAGAUCCAGACCCUGAAGGAUGAGCUCGAGCGCAACCUGGCCAAGGCGGAUGAGUUUGAAUUUCUGGAGAAAGCGUCAAAACUGCAAGGGAUCUGCACAAAGCCCGUGUACAUCCCCAAGGUGGAGCUGGAUUAUGAGCUGAUAAAGGGCGUGUGGCAGGGCACCAUCGACCUCAAGAACGAGCUGCAGCGGGCAGUUCAGAAGCCACAGGACAAGAAGCCCGAGGAGGCCCCCAGCUCAGGUAACUCUGGAGACUACAUUGCAAGCCCGAGCCAGAAAAGCCAACAUCCCGGGAAAAAGCCCCAACAAGACAAGAAACCCAAGAAAACCUCUACUGUCACGACCCCUACGACAUCACCCAAGAUGCCCACCUUCGGAGCCCCAGGACAGACGGCUUUCCCGGAUGCCAAAGCCGAGGAGCCUCAGGCUCUCAAGGCCAAGGUGCUCGAGAAGUUCUUAGCCAAGUCCAGACCUGAGCUCCUAGAGUAUUCCGUGAAAAUCAUCCUGGACUACAACACGGCCCACUACAAGGUGUCUCUGUCCGACAACUACACGUCGGCCUCGGUAGCUGACACGGUGCAGCACUACCGGCCGCACCCGCAUCGCUUCACGUACUGCUCACAGGUGCUGGGCCUGCACUCUUACCGGAAGGGCAUCCACUACUGGGAGGUGGAGCUGCAGAAGGGCACCUUCUGCGGGGUGGGCGUGUGCUACAGCGGCAUGGACCGCCAGGGCCCCGAGAGCCGUCUGGGCCGCAACCCCGCGUCCUGGUGCGUGGAGUGGUUCAACAACAAGAUCUCCGCGUGGCACAACAACGUGGAGAAGACGCUGCCCUCCACCAAGGCCACGCGGGUGGGCGUGCUCCUCAACUGCGACCACGGCUUCCUCAUCUUCUUCGCUGUCUCGGCUGACAAGGUCCACCUGAUGUACAAGUUCAAGGGGAUGGACUUCAGCGACGCCGUGCACCCGGCCUUCUGGAUGUUCUCCGCGGGAGCCAAGCUCUCCAUCUGCUCCCCCAAGUAGCAAGCUAGGGACCCGCGGGUGACCCCUGAGGCAUGUCAGAGACCCGCGAGAAGGGGACAGGUUGGACUCUCCUUGAAGAGCAUCUUGGAUCUCCCUGGGGGAGGGGCGAGAGGAAGUAGGGGAGGGGGAGGGGAGGGGCACAGCCAGGGAGGAGGGCUGGGAGCAUCGCACCUCCCACGCACCCUUCUCCCUGACUCCUGGGGAAUAUCUAGGGUUGCUGGGAAGCAGGGCAGAGCCUGACGGAACAGAGUCACCAGUGUCCUUUGCCUCUUGUAGAAAGAAUACCAACAUCCAGGUCAGGUUCUUUCUCAAGCUACGGG